GACCGUCGUGUCGGCGCCAAAAACAUGACACAAACUCGCUCUCCUGCGGGAUUCCGUGAUUACAUCCCGCCCGCGGAUGCCCCAAGAAGCAUACAAUUGGCAGAGUCUAACACUUACCAGUGGGCUGACCAUCGAUGCUCUGAGCCAUUCAUGAUCGGGUGGAUGAAGGCUUGGAAAGAACGCUACGACCAGCCUUAUAAGGGAAUCACGACAGAUGGAAAGGUGAUCCCCAACCUGUUCCGUCUGGCAGACAAAAAUGAGAAUUUCGGAGCUCCACCACAUGCUGUCAAGGCUGCCCAGAACGCCAUCAAUGUUGCAUCAGAAGAGGAGAGAGAGAAACUUCUCAGACCGGUUGAUGCACCAGAAUGGCGCUUUUGGAUGAACCCUGAGAUUUAUGUCUUCAAGCAUGGUGUGCGACUGGAAGAAGCCUCCAAGGAUCUUGUCGCAGCUUUACAUGUUCUUAUGCAAGCGAGUCUAUCAGCCGAGGGAUAUGAAAAGGCUCAUGGUUGUAUGAAAGUCAACCAAUUCCUCGGCGAGGUAGUCAACGGCACUAAAGUUCUAAACGAGAACUCGUACAACUUUGUCAUCUUCGGCACACCAUCUCCAGAAGAGCCAUGGGGCUGGCAGAUAUUCGGCCACCACCUCUGCAUGAAUUGCUUCAUGGUCGGAACGCAGAUGGUGGUGUCACCUGUCUUUAUGGGUGCUGAGCCUAAUAUCAUUGAUGCAGGUCCUCAUGAGGGUCUUGAGCUUUUCGUUGAUCAAGAACAGACUGCCCUCAGCCUUAUGCAGUCGCUUGAUCCCGAGGUUCAGAAAGACGUUCAGAUCUACAAGAAGCUGAGUGGCGACGAGUACCCUCCAGGACGAUGGCAUCGAGCAGAUCAGCGACAUCUCGGAGGUGCUUUUCAGGACAACCGCAUAGUCCCAUACGAGGGUGUCAGGGUAACAACAUUCUCCGAGCCUCAACAGAACGCGGUCCGCAAAUUGGUCAAACUAAGUUUGAACUACCUCCCGGAGAAAGCACUAGCCUCCCACCUUGAACAAAUUGCUAGCCACUGGGAUGACACGUGGUUCUGCUGGAUUGGCGGAUUUGGAGACAGAGAUGCCUUUUACUACAAAGUGCAUUCUCCGGUCAUCAUGGUUGAGUUCGAUCAUCAUUCGGGCGUCUUUCUCAACAAUAAGGAGCCUCUUCCCUUUCACAUUCACACUCUGGUCAGAACCCCAAAUGGUAAUGAUUAUGGGAAGCAACUUUUGAGACAACACCAGGAGCGGAAGAAUAGAGUGUAG